GUGCAGGCCACUGAGCAGGCUUCAGAGACUGCCUCCGAGACUGCCGCAGAGACUGCCUCAGAGACAACUGCAGGGAAAGCCUCCGAGACUGCUGAAGAGUCUGAGGAGAAGCCGGGCAGCAAAGCCAAGGCGAUGAAGAAGGCGCCAGCUAUGGCUGCCAAGGCUCCAGCUAGGGCUGCUGUUGGAGGAAAGAAGAGCCCAGCCGGCAAGGAGGACUAUGUCGCGGCCAUGGUUCAGAGCUUCCUCGAGAAGCCCCUCCCAAAGAAGAACGACGCCGUGUCGGAGACCAGACCUCUCGUGUUCAUGCAUCAGCACCGUGCAGGUGGCACAACCCUCCGAAAGCUCCUGUACAACGAGACCAUGAACUUGAAGAUGAAGCCCCACAUCCAGUGCUCGGGUGGCGUCGAUUGCCGCGCCUUCAAGAACAACGUGAAGGAUGCUGCUGUGUACGGCGGCCAGUUCUGCUGGAGGGAGAUGAUGACUUCUCUGUCCGGCAAGCAG